CUUAGCUUCAGGAAAAUAGCGGUACCAUGAAGCUCCUUCUGCUCUCCUUGUCACUGAUUUGCAUUGCCUCUGCUGUACAUAAAAAACCAACAGGGAGGAUUGUCGACUGUGAUAGCCCAGAGGCCAAUGAUGCAGCCUUAACAGCUCUUCAUUACAUCAAUGCCAAUCACCACCAUGGAUAUAAGUUUGUUCUCAACCAGGUGGAGGACAUUCAUGUACUACCUGAGACUGCUAAUGGAGAAGUAUUCUAUGUGGAACUUGACCUUUUGGAGUCAAAAUGUCCUUGGGUUAGUCCCACACCUGCUGAGAACUGCCCAGUGAGGCCCAGAGCAGAACAGGCUGUGGAAGGUGAUUGCAAAGUUAAACUCCAGAAGCAGAAUGGCAAUUUUACUGUCAUUGGUGUAAGUUGCAAAUCUAAACCAGAUUCAGCUGAAAACGUGUUUCGGGCUUGUCCCACUUGUUGGUUACUGGCGCCUCUGAAUGACACACAAGUGGCUCAUGCUGUUGAUGUAGCACUUGCCGACUUCAACAAUGGGAAUAACACUGUGUAUUUCAAGCUCCAUGAAAUUGGCCGUGCUCAGAUUCAGGGACCUGCCAACAAUAAAGUACAGGUUGAGUUUAUUUUUGUAGCAACUAACUGCUCAAAGGAACAGGCUUUGGACAGCUGUGUGGCCCUGACUGGAGAUGAUGCUCAAUAUGGCUCCUGUGUUGGCAGUGUAACCCAGCUGCCAGGGGCACAAGAUGAAGAGCUUGAUGUGCAGUGUGCUGUCUAUGAACCACAGCAACCCCAGGUUGAUCCAAGCAUUCCCCUGGUGCCUGCGCAACCUUCAGUAGUUCAUGGGCAUUUUCACCACAAUCUACGCCAUUCCAGCCUUGGUCCUCACUCAUCAGAAUCUAACUCAGCUGAAAAGCAUCUGGCAUUCCACUCUAAAUCAGCCAUCAAGAGAUCACUGGGUGGAAAACAUGCCGGCCCUAAUGUACUUGUGAGGCCUCUGUGUCCAGGCAAAAAGAUAUUCUUUUAAUAUUAUACAACAUCUAUAAUACAUGUCUGUAUUAACCGUACUGUAUAGGUGAUCUUAAAUCAUAAACAUGACAUUGAUCUUGUCAGAUCUUAAAAUUACAUUUAAUGCAAAUAUUUUACAAAGCUUUAUAUCUGAUCCAUAAAGCUUGUUCAAUAAA